AUGUCUGCCUCAUUAGAUAGAUCAUUGGAUGACAUCAUUUCAUCAUCAAAAAAGUCUUUCAAAUCAAGAAGACCAGGAGCUAAAAUUGGUGGUGCCAGAGGUAACCAAAGCAAAGUUGGCAAAAAAUUGGUGGGAAACAAGCCUAAAAAGAUCGCCACUUUCAAAAGACCAUCUGGCCCUAGUCCAAAGCUUGCUACGGCUGCUGCUGUUGCUACUCCAGCAUUUGAUUUGUCUUAUGCUACCAAAGUUAAUGUAACUGGUUUACCAAAGGACUUGAAGCAAGACAACAUUAGGGAAUUUUUUCAAUCGCAAGUUGGUGGUGUUCAAACCGUGGCCUUGAGUUACAACGAAAGAGGCCAAUUUAAAGGAGUUGCCACUGUUAUUUUCAAAUCCAACAAGAAUGCAGCUUUGGCUGUCGAAAAGUAUCACGGUGCUUCAAUCGAUGGCGGUAAAGGUAAAUUGUCUUUGGAAUUGAUUAUCGAUACUACUAAAAAACCACUUGCUGCUAGAAUUGCUGCUAGACCAGUGCAGAAAGCCCAAGCUGCUAAAGCUAUUGAGAAUAAGAAGAAGUUGUUGGUUAAAAAGGCAAAGAAGCCAGCCAAGAAGCCUCACCAAAAGAAGAAGACUGUUGAGGAAUUGGAUCAGGAAAUGAAGGAUUACUUUGAGAACUAA